ACCACAAAGGAACGGUCUUUUUCGUCAUUUCCGUACUGAUAUGCUAGAAAUAUCUACUUUUCAUUUCAAAGCUUCCUCACUUUUGAAAAUUCCAACUCCAUUAUUCCUCCAUCACUCAUUUGAACAGUCCAUAAUCGGAAAUGGCGGUAGUGGUCGGAAACAUAGCACUAUUACUCGACGGAACUCACGUGAUCACCCCACGUGCUGCUGUCGUGUUACCAGAUCGCAAAACAAAAGACGUUCUUUUGAACUUUUUUGUAAAGAAAGACCCAUGUCAGAAUCAAAGCAUGUACACUUCUAGCGGGUUUGAAAUUGAGAAAGAUAGAGUAAAUCUGAAAGUGGGUUUUAGAGGAAAAGUGAAUUCGAAAGUGGGUUCUGUGGAUUAUGAGAAUUUAAGUGAUGAUGAAAAUGGAAAUGGGUUUGAGGAUGAAGGAGAAAGUGGAGAAGAGUUUGAUUGGGAGAAAGAGAUGAGGAGGAGAGUGAAGGAAAUAGAAGAGAUGAAGGAGUUGGAGAAGAAAGCUGAGGAGUUGCAGAAUCGGGUCGAUGAGGAGUUUGAUGAGGAAGGUGAAAGUAGCGAAGAGACUGAGGAGGAGAAGCGGGAGAGAGUUCGAAGGGAGCUCGAAAAGGUGGCAAAAGAGCAAUCUGAACGCAGAAAAACUGCUCAAUUAAUGUUUGAUUUGGGCCAGAAGGCUUAUGGGAAGGGCAUGUAUGGACGUGCAAUAGAAUUCCUCGAGGGUGCUCUUACUAUCAUUCCUAGACCAACCUUGUUUGGUGGAGAGAUACAAAUAUGGCUUGCUAUGGCUUAUGAAGCUAAUAACCGCCAUGCUGACUGCAUUGAUUUGUAUAAGCAAUUAGAAAGGAAACAUCCCAGUAUCAGUAUCCGACGUCAAGCUGCAGAGCUUCGCUAUAUAUUGCAAGCACCUAAGCUGAAGAUAUCUCAAGAAGAAAUGGUUACCAUACCACUAAUCGGUUCUAGCUAUGAUAGUGGAUAGCAAGGGUCAGGUUUGGAAUGUGACUUCAGAUGAUUAACAAGAACUUUUUCUUGUGUUGACGCUUUGGAUGAAUGAAUUAUUUAGGGGUUGUAUUCUCCUUCUUCCUUUCCUUCUCUCGUUCUUUCUUUCUUUUUUCAUUUCUCAUUUUGAAAGUAUUUUGUUUCAUGGUUGAGGGUGCCUUUUCCUGGUCGGACCUUUGGAAUCUCUUCUUUCUUCUCAAAUGAAUGAGGGUACCUUUUAAUAUGAAGUAGAUUUUCAGCUCCUAAUGUGCCAGUUUUUAAGGGGUAUGAUCAGAUAUGAGACCUUUCUAAGAAACUGAAGCUUGUUGAUGCUUGGAUAAUCUGACUAGUUGUAUUGUAGA